UAGCGCGGACUUAUUUUACAUCGGCGCCUUCGAAGACUCCUCACGCUAUUGUGAAUCUGAGGCUGUUAAAAGUUGUGUAGAUGAAAGUUCUUUUCGCCCAAGAAAAAGAGAGACGCCCUUCACGUAUCCUGCCUGCUAAACGUGUUCACUACGUGAGAACUCGAUGACUUAUUUCAUAUCUAAGAGAUCAGAUGAUAAGACAAGAUUGCAGUCCCAGUUCCUCAUCGUUGCUGCGCAUAUCUGGCGCUUUAUUUCUAUCUCCAAGACCGUUAAACACUGGAGAAGCGGUCCGUUUUCGUUAGCCAUUUGAAGGCUUGUAAGAAACGAUCUACUAAAACAGGCUACCCUUUUUACAACUAUUAUUUCCCACUAGCUGAACUUCGGGAUGUGAUUGCGCAUUGUGUAUCACCAGUAUUUACUACCUUUUUUGUUCUUGCAUGGACAAAUAACUUGUCGGGGUCUCGAAUCUCCCACCUUUCCUCUCAAUUGCUUUCCUCUUUCUCAUAUGCUCGCUAACCUGACUUUUCCACAUUAGCCUGGACAGAUCGCCUGACAUUCGUCUUUGACCAGCAUUGCUUCUAAAUCGUACAGGACGACCCUGAAUAAUUCUUUCCAGACACUCCGGAGUUUUGCUUCAUCAGCUAUACGCUCUCUAGUUACUCUUCUCAUACGAGACCUGGAAGAUCGUGGGCGCCAAACGAAAGAAGGAGUGACGGCGCUGGAAUACGGGAGCACAGAGCAGCGCGCGGGCAGCUUGUCCACCAACAACAUUUAACAAGCCAGACAUGUAUUCGAAAGCGCGGCUCGGGAGUUUGCGGCCAGGGACUGGACGUCUGCUGUACGCAUUUAUGUUUCGUGAUGUGCUGCUGUUGCUGCACAGUCGGGCUGCUUGUCUCGAGAGAGAUGUGUGGUGAAGCUUCCCGCCGAUGGUUCACUGGGUGCCGGAGGAGACCGUCUUCUUUAUUGUAAUGCACUGCCGCCGAAGACAGGAGCUGUGCUACACACCGGGGCAAGAUGCGCUAAUUCUGAGUCCAAUCUUAAAUCGGAGUGCCAUCUCUCACAACUGUUUAAGGUCCUGGAGGAAGCGGUUUUUACAAGGGUUUACAGCCGAAAGGGAAGCAAAGUGAAACGAAGGUCAUUGGGCAUCAAAAGCACAAGCCACUGGGCUGUCACAGAAGAUAAAAGAACUCAGCCAAGAGAUCUACCGUGAAGCGAAUUGAAACAGGAAUGAGCAAAGAAGGACAAACGAUCCUAAAAAUAAAGGGAGCUCAUGGUGACCGAGAGGCUGGAGUCUUUACCUUUGGUGAUAUGUAGCUGAGUCUGUUAACCGAAGUGGGCUGAGCUUCUUAGACAUCACCAAAAUCGAGCUUUCGUAUGUUGUGAAGCUACAAGAUGCUAAGCCGAUAUCGAACAUUUUUUUCAUUCCUUGGGAUCGAGAAUUUUUGACAUAUUAGGAAUUCAUCUUCCAGUCCAAGCGACACUAAGGUUAAUAACCAUUGUAUCCCAAGCAGGUUAUCAACUUACUAUGAACACAGCACUCAGGUGAUGAAACUUGGGGUGAAGUUAGGCACUAAGGUUUCGUUGUCCUUCCCCAACUAAUUUAAAAUGAUUUUGCAACCAACUCUUCCUCCUUUGCUGUGAAUUACCUUUUUUUUAACUUUGGUUGAUAAUGGACCAAAUCAACCAAUCUGCUGAUUACUCCCAGCGCCUCCUUGUUGCUAACAGUUCACAGAAUUAUAGUAAGAUGCCCACCACUUUGGAUGACCAAAGCCUGCUGGGAGUUCAGAUCUCGUUGUCGGUUGUCCUAGGAAUUCUGACUCUGGCUACCAUCCUGUCCAAUAUUUUUGUCAUCAUCACCAUCAUUCUGACCCGAAAGCUCCACACUCCUGCCAAUUUUCUCAUUGGCUCCUUAGCAGUGACAGAUCUCCUGGUGUCAAUCCUUGUGAUGCCGAUUAGCAUUGUUUACACUGUCAGCAAAUCCUGGGCCUUUGGACAGAUCAUGUGUGACAUCUGGCUCUCUUCGGACAUCACCUGCUGCACAGCUUCCAUUUUGCAUCUUUGCGUCAUCGCUCUUGACCGAUACUGGGCCAUAACAGAUGCCCUUGAGUACUCCAAAAAGAGGACCACGUGCAGAGCAGCCAUCAUGAUUGCUGUGGUCUGGGUGAUUUCUAUCUGUAUCUCGAUGCCCCCGUUGUUCUGGAGGCAGGCAAAAGCACACGAGGAAUUGACCGACUGCAACGUCAACACGGAUAAAGUGAUGUACACCAUUUAUUCUACUUUUGGAGCUUUCUAUAUCCCUACCGUCCUUCUGAUGAUCCUUUAUGGCAGGAUCUAUGUGGCCGCACGAUCCAGGAUCUUCAAAACCCCUUCUUCGAGCGGCAAGCGUUUCACAACUGCUCAGCUGAUUGGAGGGUCUGCUGGCUCCUCCCUCUGCUCCAUCAAUUCAAACUCAAACCAGGAAGGACAGCUUCAGCAUGGUGGCUCUCCAGUCUUCAUGAACCAUGUCAAAAUAAAGCUGGCAGACAGUGUGUUGGAAAGGAAGCGAAUCUGUGCAGCCAGAGAAAAGAAAGCCACUAAGACCUUGGGCAUCAUCCUGGGAGCCUUCAUCUUCUGCUGGUUGCCCUUUUUUGUGGUUAGCCUGGUGUUACCUGUCUGUAAGACCUGCUGGUUUCACCCUGUGUUGUUUGACUUCUUUACUUGGCUGGGCUACCUUAACUCGCUCAUCAAUCCGGUAAUCUAUACCGCUUUCAAUGAUGAGUUCAAACAGGCCUUCCAGAAGCUUAUACGAUUCAAGCGAUGCUAUUAAAUGUAUUUUGAGUUCAUUUGGUUGAUUUUAUGUGGAUUCGUUGAUCCUAAGCAAAAGUAAAGCACAACAGCUUUCAUUGUGUUGUAGAAUUCCAUACCUGUUCGGAUAUUUGUACACGUGCAUAAUGCUUUGUGCGUGUGUGUAUAUGAUAUAGGAUCUCUUUCGUACAACCUAUAAUGUGUAAAAUUACAAUGUGUCUUCACUUCCAAAAUGUCUGACCAUCCUGAAUUUUUAUACCUCAACCUUUUCAUCUACUCACUGAAUGGUAUCUGAGCACGAGGGAAUGACUGACUUGAAGCACAUACGUCACCUUACUCAUCGGUACUAGGUAGCCCACCCUUGUAAUGGUAACUAACACUGUACGGCCAGCAUAAUUAGCCAUUCUUGCAUGCUCUACCCCAAUUUAUCGUUAAUAUAAAGAUACCCCACCACAGAGUUCCACCUCUCCUGAGGGAGGCUUCCUAACAAUUUGUCACUUUGUGGGCCUUUGUCACAUCCAUCAUUACAUCUUGAGGAAUUAGCUUCUCAUCCUGUACCACUCCUAUCUAAUCCCACUGCCAUGUAAUAGUGCCCUUUAUUUGUCAGUGUGGGUUUGUCUGUCUUUAGGUAGCCCAUCACCCACACACUCAUGCCCACACCUGCACUCACUCCCAUUAAGCCCAGGGCCAUCUUAAAAGCAUUAUAGGCCCUCCGGCAAAGCAGUGCACUGGGGCCCCUACCAACACAACCACUUAGAAAGUCACAACAUACAUUGAUUAGCAUGGGGCCCCGGGCAACUGCCCAGCGUGCCCAUGCGUUAAGAUGGCCCUGACUAGGCUAUCUUGGAGGGUUUGGGAUUUGGGAGAAAAAGCAGGAUUUUGGGAGAAUAAGCCUGUGCAGAACAUGGGGAGAAUGUGUCAAGGCAGUGACCAUGAUGGGAUUUGAGCCCAGGACUCUAAAGUUAGGAGACAGCAGUACUAGCAACUAUGCCACCUUGUUGGUCCUCUAUGUACUGAAGAAUGUAUAUACCUGUAUAUAAUAUACAGAGAGGUGGCUCUGAGGCUAAGGAUCUGCGCUGGCAUCUAGAAGUUUGCUGGUUCAAAUCCUGUUACUGCCAGAAGGGAUCCUACUCUGUUGGGCCACUGAGCAAGCGCCUUAACCUAAAAAUUGCUCCACAGCUGACUUUUUUUAAACCCCCAAAGGUAAUUUGAAAAGACAAUUUCCCCAUCAGGGAUUAAUAAAGAAUAUCAAAUUAAAAAAUAUGUAUCUACACAGUAAGCUCCCAUCUUAUAUAAGGGUUCCAUUUCUAACUCACUCUCAUAGUGACAAUUUAAUAAUAAAAUGUCCCUAGAUAGCCCUUUACUAAAAAUAAAUGCAAACAUGGUUUAUUUUAUACCCAUUAAUGUGCACAUUAUGUAGUAUGAGGUGCAAAUGAGGGAGAGGACAACCAAAGAAAAAUGGGGUGCCAACCAGGCCAUCCUGUUUACUGAAAGUGUUCAAAAAAUGAAACAAAAAUGGCCGUGCGGUGACACAACAAAACAAUGCGUAACAACUACCUUCGUAUCCCCUGAGGUUUCAUAAACAAAUCAGCUUUCCCGGGGAGCUCCGUCAUGUGGGACUGCGUUCCUCAGACUGAGACCCCAUCUUCCAGGACCUCACAAAUAUAUAUUGUCCCAACCAGGAAGAGGCGGGGCUUGGCUGACUGUGGGUGUGGCUUAGGUGCCCUGACUGGGCAGCUUCUCAGAGCUACAGAGGAGAAAGGCAACAGUAUUGCUAGCAUUGGAGCCCUCAUUUGCCCUGCAUUGCAUACCUUUUUUGAGUCUGGAAGGUGCUCCACAGGCACCUAUGGGUGACAAUAUGUACAUCAGUCACCUCAUAUAUGAGUGUAGUUUCAAAUACAGCAUUCUGUGUUAUUUUUGCAGAUGAAGCUACAACUGCAGGUACUGCAUUUGCUUCAAUCCAACACAGCCAUAUUUACAACACAGCAUUACUUCACAAAAAUGACAAUCAGCCAGUUGACAUCUAGACAUGAGAAGAGCACACUGCGACUAAGACAGAGCAUUUGUACAGGCCACGUUUGGGGGCUCGGAUGAGAACAUGAGAGGCCUGCGUCCCCUUCUUUCUAACAGCAACUUGCAUAGGAGUAAGAAAGAAAGCGAGGGAGGGAGGAUAUUGGAGGCAGACAGCUCCACCACAUACCAGGGUGGGUGAGACAGCAUGAGGGCACACAGAGGAGAACAUUUCACUUCUAAUUGUCCCUCCAUGGAUGAGACAAAGGGAGUGUACAGGAUGCACGCAUCCAACAUUGAGUAUGAGAGAACAAGGGUGGCAUAGAGCAUGCAGCUGGCUCCCUCACGCCACAGUGUGUCACAGUGAAGGAAUCACAGGGCAAGGACGUGGGAUGUGGGGCGAUUGAGAGAUACUCGUGGGCAUUUUCAUCUUUUGUAAAAGUUCAAAUAUAUGAAGACAGUCAUGCAGCAGGGGCUGAAACACAUCAACAAAACAAAAAUGCUCCUCUUGCAAAAGAAAAAAAGCACAUCACUAGGCAUGGGCUAUUACUUCCAGUUUUUUCACUCUUUUCCUUCCAUUUUAUUUUUAAAUUGUGCCAUCAACUCAUGUAAAAGUUUAAUUUUCAUACGAUGAAGUUCUACUGCUUUGCCUGCACCCUUGGACUGUUGGUCCUUUGCCACCAAACUGAGAGUGACAGCUUCCUGUCUCCCUCGUGACCCAAGUCCCAUCCUCCCGAAUCUCCUCUUGACUCAAGACUCCAUUCUUGCACUGGACUAUACUCUGGUGGCUUUAAGAUCCUUCUGAGGGUCUUAGCCUCGGCAACACUUGUCAGGCUCAGCAGUGGCCUUUCUAGGACUACAAGGACACCAUAUGAGAGUAUUAUUGUAUUUUGGCAAACCUUAGCCUUUAAAGUGUUGGGACUUAGACACUACAGCUGCUGAUCAGAUGGCCAUUACUUGAAAGGGGCACGAUGGCUCCACUUCUCUAAAUCAGACAUUAUGUGCUGAAUUGGAAAGUCAUUGACUCCUGCAGUUCUUCCCUGUCCUCUUCCUUACAUGAACUCUAACUUCUAAGCAUCUAGAACUGCCAGUGGUCUUGUGAUCUUCUGCCAGCUCUGUGUGGCCUCAUGUUGUCCGAGAACAGGGUCAGUACCCUUGGUAUCUCCUGGGUCACGUAUCCUUCAGCUUUCAUGGAGGCAGAGAUGGUCUAAGCAUUUUUGUUGCCCUGAGCGAAGCUGUAAAUGGUGCCCCACCAGCCCCCUUUGUUUUGAGUAGAAUUAUCACAGCCAAACAUAUACUUGGAAACCAGGAGAGAUGAGAAUAGGAGCCAGGGCUAGGGAGGGUUGGAAAGAAAACAGUGAAUUUACAAUGUGAGAACGUCAAGGGUGGUGAAAAGAGCAACAUCUGUUUACAAGAGUGUCUUAGAAAAAAGAUAAUACACUAUUGAGGGGCGUCAUUUCAAAAACCUGGUAGGAACUGAGCCAUAUUAAUAGACUUUACUGGGUUGUUUAUUUAUUUUACAUUUGUAACCUCUCUAAAUGAAAAGACACAGCUACAUCCCUUCAUCAAGACAUCACUUAAACUGCAAUUUCCAUUCUGUAGUGAUCUAUUUAAAUCACUAAACUAAAAGGUAGCUUACAAUGAUGGUGACAAUCUAGUCAUAAUCUUAUCAAGGUAGCUCCAUAAAUAUUUACAUUUCAUUUAGGUUAUUGAAAUAAGUCGACGAGCUUAAUAUUAUCAUAAUUUUUUUUUAAAUUACAUAAAAUGAUUAUCAUUAAAUAUUUACCCAUGACUCCUAUUUACUGUAUCCUCACUAUCAUAUGCAAAUAACGACAUGUAACUAUUCAAUCAUUACAUGAUUUCAGAGAGGGUUUACCACUGAGUGAUGGACUAUGGAGAACUGCUUUAGUGUGCUGACGGCGAAUGUCAUAGACGGUGGUGAACAGCGGAGAACGAUAUUUACCAAAUUUAAACGCAAGUUUUGGGAGAUGAUUUUAGUUCGAUUGAGAUUAGCUGUUAGCACUUAGUUUUUUUGGCUGUGUCUGUGUGCCCUAUG